UGCGCCUGUGCGCCCGCCGCGCCGCUCCCGGCAAUCCGUGUAGUGUCCGCUGUGCCCAUGGUCCUACCCCGGACAGCCAUGGCCACUUUCCGCUUGGCCCUCAUCCAACUUCAGGUUUCUUCCAUAAAAUCAAAUAACCUUAUUCGUGCUUGUGACCUCAUCCGGGAGGCAGCAGCUCAGGGAGCCAAGAUCGUCUCUUUGCCGGAAUGCUUUAAUUCUCCAUACGGUACAAACUAUUUUGCUGAAUAUGCAGAAAAAAUUCCUGGUGAAUCAACACAGAGGCUUUCAGAAGUAGCAAAGGAAUGCGGCAUAUAUCUCAUAGGAGGUUCCAUUCCUGAAGAGGAUGCUGGGAAAUUAUAUAACACCUGUGCUGUGUUUGGACCAGAUGGAACUUUACUGGUAAAGCACAGAAAGAUCCAUCUGUUUGACAUUGAUGUUCCUGGGAAAAUUACAUUUCAAGAAUCUAAAACGUUGAGUCCUGGUGAUAGUUUCUCCACAUUUGAUACUCCUUACUGCAGAGUGGGCCUGGGCAUCUGCUAUGAUCUCCGCUUUGCAGAACUCGCACAAAUCUAUGCGCAAAGAGACUGCCAGCUGUUGGUCUAUCCUGGAGCAUUUAAUUUGACCACGGGACCAGCCCACUGGGAGCUGCUCCAGAGAGGCCGGGCUGUUGAUAACCAGGUGUACGUGGCCACGGCUUCCCCUGCCCGGGACGACAGAGCCUCCUACGUUGCCUGGGGACACAGCACCGUGGUGUCUCCUUGGGGAGAGGUCCUUGCGAAGGCCGGUACGGAAGAGACGGUCGUGUACUCAGACAUAGACCUGAAGAAGUUGGCUGAAAUACGCCAGCAAAUCCCCAUUUAUAACCAGAAGCGCUCAGACCUCUAUGCAGUGGAGGAGAAAAAGCACUAAGGUUUACGCCUCUACCAAAUCGUUAAAUUGGGAAAUGAUUCCGGUGUGUAACUACUUCCUGCUGAGUUUUUUAAUGAAGAUGUUUUUUGUAUUAAAUUGUGGCCUUUCCCCUUCCUGAGCGCUCUGGAUUGACGUGAGGGGCUGUUGUCAAACUCCAAUGAACCGAAUUGUCCAGUGGAAAAAGACGUAGGCUGGCAGCUGCAGGCCUUGAAGGGCAGCAGGGGGAGGGCAGACUCUUGGUUGCUUCAGAGCACUUCAUGAAAAGCACCAGCUCUCGGUAUUUUGCUGGUGGCUUUACCUAACACGACUAUUUCUGUGCUGAACUUGUCUCCUUGUAAGAUUUGGGAUCCAUGUGUUAGAACACUUGAGCUGUGUCUUAAUGUGAGGGUUUGGGGUCUGUGAGUAGCUCUGGGAAGUGAGGUGGUGGCUCAGUAGGGAGGUGGCAGUGCGACUGUCCCUAGCAACCCCUGGGCUCUGCACAUUCAGGAAAGAGCUCAUUAUUUAACCUCAGACCUUCCAUGACUUAGAGGAAACGAGGCCCCCUCUCCCCCCAAUCCCUAGCAUAUAAGUAGUUCUGUGGGGGAUGGCAGUGGUGGCAUUGGCCCACGACAACUGUGUUUCUGUAAGAGAUUUCCUUGGUGGGAGUGUCUGAAAGUCUCAUUUCCUGUAUUAGUAAAGGCAAGUUUUUAGGGCCAGAGUGGCAGGACAGCAGGUAUGGUGCUUGUCUUACCUGUGUUCAACCCAGGUUCAAUCCCCAGUACCCCCAUAUUGUUCCCCCUCAGUCCGCAAGGAGUGAUCCCUGAGUGCAAAUCUAGGAAUAAGCCCUGAGCACUGCCAGGUGUAGCUCAAAGAGUCUAAAUAAGUAAUUUUUUUUUUAAAGGCAAGUUCGGGGGCUGGAGUGAUAGCACAGCGGGUGGGGCGUUUGCCUUGCACGCAGCCAACCCGGGUUCAAUCCUCAGCAUCCCUUCUGGUUCCCCGAGCACCAGCAGGAGUAAUUCCUGAGUGCAGAGCCAGAAGUAUCUUCUGUGCAUCGCCAGGUGUGACCCAAAAAAAGGCAAGUUUUUAGCCUAUUGGUUCUCAUGCUUCUUUGCUGUUAAAAAACAGAAUUCUAGUGAGCUCUUGUUUAUGUGUUUAAUAGCUUGUAGUGGGCUAUUAACUAUUAAACUACCAGCUGUCUGAGACGAAGGACUGUUUCUGCAGUAGUGUUUGUCACUUUUAUGUGAUAAAUACUUUGACCGUGGCUAAAGCGAUCUGAGCAUGACACAUUUAAAUGCAGACAGGAACAGAGUGCCACAGUUGGCUCAGUCCUGCCCCAGCUCGCCAUUGUUGCAUGUAGAGAGUUAGUAUUGGAAAAUAAGACAGAACUUUAAAGCAAAGAAUUCGUGAGCACCCAUCUCAUUAGGUGUUUUGUGGUGGCAUUGUAUGUCAUUAACCUUUGGAACUGGCAGUGGAUCCUAGAAACAUUGAAAGACAAACAACUUCAAAAUUAAUUUGGUAAGAUUUGACACAUCCACAUCAGUGCAUGAACAUACCCCCCCCCCCCCCCGAAAUUUCUUUGUGCUUUUUGUAAUACUUUUCUAAGCACUUCCUUUAUCCCAGGCAAUCAUUGAUCAGCUUUGUCACUAUAGUUUUAAUUUUCUAGAAUUACCUAAAAAGGGAAUCAUACUAUCUAUAUCCUUUCUGUCUCUUUCAUGAAUUAAUAUUAAUCCAUCUGUGUGUCAGUAAUUCAUUCCUUUUUUUAUUGUAAUGGACAUGCCAUAAUUUGUCCAUGCAUCUGUUUGAAUUGUUUCUAGUUGGGGCUAUUAAAAAUAAAAUGACUAAAAAU